AUGCUUUUUCACUGCCGUUUUGCUAAAGAAGUAUGGGCGCUGGGACCUUGGACCACCGCUUUUGACCCUUCGCAAGUCACCUCCUUCAAGUCAGCUCUUGUUCUCUCUACUGCUUGGAUCAACCUCCCGCCACACGGAAUCUCCUCUAAUGUAUUCCCAUGGAUUUGCUGGUUCAUAUGGACCUCGCAAAACCAGCUACUAUUUGAGAAUAAACCGUCAACGGCGGCGGAGAUUAACAUCAAAUCGAUCAGAGCCGCAAGAGAGUGGGAACAAACGCAACCGGGGAUGGCAAAAGCAACAAACAAACCGCCUCCCCUGCAUCUUCCUCCUCCUUCACUGAUGCUGCCGUCUCUCAAUCCCGAUCUGGUGAUUGUCAACACAGACGCGGCGUGGAAUGCAAGAACAGGAAAAGCGGGAUUAGCGUGGGUGUUGUUCGAUCAUAAUGAAAGAGAGAUGAGCAGAGGAUCUCACCUGCAGGAACACAUCCAAUCGGCUUGCAUGGCGGAGGCGUUAGCCGUCAGAAGCGCUCUACUACAUGCCGCUGAUCUCAACAUCAAACAUAUCUGGCUUCGAUCAGAUUCACAAGUGCUCAUCGGAGCUUUAGCAUCGGGACGACGAUCGAUUGAGCUCUACGGAGUGCUCUCGGAUAUCGCCACGAUUUCUUCUUCAUCUUUUGUUUCUUGUCGUUUCAGUUUCAUCAAAAGAGACCUAAAUGGGCUUGCGGAUUUACAUGCUAAGGCAUGCUUGUAUUCGGGCCCAAGCCUAGUGGCCUCUUAA